GGUUCAAUUCAUGGGGGGGAGCAGGAAGAGCCACCGGGGGCGCCAUCUAGGGCUCCGAAAAGAGUAUAGAUAAUAGAUUAGAGAGGCCCUGUCCUUUUAGACCGCAGCGGGAAGCCAGGCAAGCGAGGGCGUCGCCUCCACGCCCACUGCUUCCUCCAAGGAGAUGCGGCGAAGCUUAUCCGAGGACGAAAGCGAGUGAGCAUAGAAGAAUCCAAGGUUUGGAGAGGAGGGGAGGCGAGGUUGGUAGAGGGGGAGGGAGAUGCCGAUGGAUGAGGGAUUGCUGGACAAUAUCAUACGGCGGCUUCUCGACGCGAGGAAUGGGCGGACGGUGCGGCCGGUCCAGUUGACGGAGGCGGAGAUCCGGCAGCUGUGUCUUGCUUCGAAGGAGAUCUUUAUCAGCCAGCCUUAUCUCUUGGAGCUCGAAGCGCCGAUCAAGAUUUGUGGAGACAUUCAUGGUCAGUAUUCUGAUCUUCUUCGGCUAUUCGAAUAUGGUGGGUUCCCGCCAGAGGCAAAUUAUUUGUUCCUUGGGGACUAUGUUGAUCGUGGUAAACAAAGCAUAGAAACUAUAUGCCUUCUUCUUGCGUACAAAAUAAAGUACCCUGAAAACUUCUUUCUUCUGCGAGGCAACCAUGAGUGUGCUUCCAUUAAUCGUAUAUAUGGGUUCUAUGAUGAAUGCAAGAGGAGGUUCAAUGUUCGCUUAUGGAAGGUUUUUACUGAUUGUUUCAACUGCCUACCUGUGGCCGCACUUAUUGACGAGAAGAUCCUCUGCAUGCAUGGGGGCUUAUCUCCUGAUUUAAAGAACUUGGAUCAGAUCCGAAAUAUUGCUCGUCCAGUGGAUGUACCAGAUCAAGGUCUCCUUUGUGACUUAUUAUGGUCAGACCCUGACAAAGAUAUUGAAGGCUGGGGGGAAAAUGACCGGGGAGUCUCUUAUACUUUUGGGCCUGACAAGGUAGCUGAGUUCCUUCAGAAGCAUGACCUAGAUCUCAUUUGUCGAGCCCAUCAGGUUGUAGAAGAUGGCUAUGAGUUCUUUGCAAAACGCCGACUGGUUACCAUAUUCUCAGCACCAAAUUAUUGUGGGGAGUUUGAUAAUGCCGGUGCUAUGAUGAGCGUGGAUGAUACUUUGACAUGUUCAUUUCAGAUUCUAAAACCAUCUGAUAAGAAAGGGAAGAUCGGUUUUGGGAACAAUUUAAUGAAACCAGGAACACCUCCUAGAAAGGGUGGAAAAGGUUAGCAGAUGUUACCAGGAGUGGAUGUUAUAUUUCGGUCCUCUGCAAGGUUGCUGGGAUGUUAGACACAGCUUCCCCGAGUUUACCAGCAAUUCCAGGCAUCAGGAUCCAAGAACAGAUGCUGCGACUUGCAUGUUGUGCUAACUAGCCUAAGCAAAGGCUACUAUAAAUCCCUAAUGUGUAAAGUUGUUUUGAAAGCUCUACUAUAAUUAUUGCCAACCUUACUGUAAUGAUCUGGUUAAAUUUUCAGGUUCAAUCGCUGAUAUGCAACACAUCAAAUUGGUGUUUAACAAGCAGACAGCUGAGCCAAUGUCUUUGAUGCCCUAAAAUUACUUUAUUAAACUGGCAGUUGCUUUAUGACUUGUUCUAA